UCCCCCCCCCCCCCCGCAUUACAGGAAUAAAAAGAUUGCAAAUUACAGGAAGAAAAUUGAAGCUUUGCAAGAAAUGGAGAAACUGAAUAAAAUGAUGCUGGAUAUGUGAUUUUUCAUAGAUUGCUUCAGUUCAUUGACAUUAAAUAUCUGCUUUUUGAGAUUUCUAGUAUUAUUUAGGUCUCCUCUCCCUUCUCCCAUUGUCUCUCUCCCACAUUAUUAUUUCUUCAUCCAACACAUCUUGUAAAGGCCCUUGGCCAGGGAGUGAUUAGGAGGUCAAUGUAUGGACAUACAGAGUAGCUCAGGCAGUGGAUUAUUCACUACUGUGCAAAUUAUUAUGUGCAAUAUCUUCAUUCUUGAAUUGAACACACAUGAAUCAGCAUAACGAUAACGAUCCUUAUUAACCUGCCUGUCUGUCUGAUACCUGGUACAGUAUUGUGAACAGGUGAUAUUGAUCUUCUAUGGCAGAUAUCUUUUACACCUCUCUGACAAGCAUCCGAUGAGAAAGGGAUGUACAAUUCAUCUUCCAAAGAACCACAACAGAUUAAUAAUGUAUCUUUGUAAUCACUUCUCUCUUCUCUCUUUAUUUAAUCUUGUGAUAUACCUUUUCGGACUCAUCUAUUCUGGUUUAAUUAUUGUUGUUUGUAAAGUCUUGUUAACAAUUAACUGCCCCGGUUUUGCCCUCAUAUCCUUUGUGCUGUUACUCUCUGAGGGGGGUAUUCUAACAUUACCUUAGUUUCUUAUUUUAAUCUAUUUGGUUUCCCAUGAAUCUCUUCCUGAAUAUAUAAAAUCUAUCAUAGUGAGGUGGAGUGCUGCAACCGUUUGAAGAUUCUCUGACUCUCACUUGCAUGGGAACACUCUCUUUAUCACCCUCUAACUUGGGCUGCACUCUCUGGAGGAGCACUAUUAAAUAUUAAAAGGGUGGGAUGUUUGAACCUCCUACUCAUCCACAAUAACACAUCACACCAAUCACGCUGCACGUACAACGACCAAUCACAGCUGCCUAUACCCACACAGGAGGCAGACUGAGCAAUCACCAUCUGAAUAGCGAUCAUCCUUCCGGUUUCCUGUUCUCUGGCUUCUACAGAAUAAGAGCUGCUCGGUUACGUAAUGCUGUACUUUAGUGAUCUUAAGUAACCCUUCUGCAGGAAGUGGGUUUCUGAGUUGGCUCAGUGUGGCUGGCCUGAGUGCACUGCUUAACCGUUCUGUAUGAUUCAAGGCCCAUACAUGCCAUUAGCGGCGUCUAAUGGAAGAAAAGCCAUUUGUUGGAAUAGCCAUGGUAUCCAGACUGCCCAAGUUUGGUGGCCGCUCCUCCGCAGGUGGUGCAAGCUCCCUCCCCAAUGGCUCCCCACAAUCCACCCUCCCCAGCCAGGACACCAAAACCACAACUACAGCGACACACAUGAAUGGACUGGUCCGCAAACCUUCUUUUUCUCUGAAGUGGAGAAGAGAGGCUUGCAGCAGUCCCAGCCCGGCUCUGCCCCCCACCUCCCCCACUAGUCCUGAGGACGUGAAACCACAGGAAGUCAAGCCUCAGACUCCGCUCCUAUUGCGCAAAGAGGGGAAAAAUGCUACCCCUGGAACACCCACAAUCCGGAGAUCUGGCUCUUCAUUGCUGUCUGUCUCGAGCCCAAAGGCCAUCCCAAAGCAGACCUCUAAGACGCCAAGUACUAAGCUGGCGCAGAGCCCCCUCGGAGCUCCCAAAGCCAACCACAAUGGAUGCAACUCCCCCCUCCGCCCACGGCCCAUGUCUGGUCUUGCGCUUCCAAAGGGGACCUCCAGCCUCCAUUUCAGCGGCUCCCAGGACAGCCUCUCCCUGUCCAGUGACAGUAUUAAGAACAUGUCCAUGGACAACAUGGUCCGCUCGCACAGCUUCACCCACUUCAAACAGAUCCCCUCACCCACCAACCAGCCCAUGACCCGAUCCUUCUCCUUCAACCGCGCUGUGGAGCUGGCCAAGCCCCUGGCCAACACUACUCUCCGACCCCCCCAGGCCAGCUUCCUUAAACCCCCACAGCUGUGCAAUACUAGGGUGGGCCUCGGAGGGAGCAUUGGAGGUCUAGGAGGUGGAGGACUUCAGUACAACAGAGCGUCUGCGACGGCCACCUCCGUCUCCUCCCUCUCCAAUAACACCGCCUCUACGCCCACCACACCCACUGCCCUGAAGAAGCCUCUCCUUCCCAGCUGCAUGACAGCCAAGCCACUGGGGGGUAGCAAUGGUGGUUAUGUUGGCUGCAAGCUGGCCCGGCCUCGGCAGACCAAGCUGCAGAAGCCCCUUUUCAUGGGUCGUGUGAAGGGCGACGCCAGGCCGGUGACUGCUCCUGGAUGCCCUGGUGGGAAAUCAGGCAAAGAGGGAGAAGAUCAGGACACAGGCGAGAUCAUUAAAGCAGACUUGCACAUUGAUGUUGAUUACUCUGUUGGCAAAGGGGGAGGAGGAGGAGGUCAACUAAGUAAUGGUACUGUAGCAGGGGAGGCCCUGGAGGACAUGUCCCUGUCUUCUGCCUCCUCUGUGGAACGAGGGGACACCAGUGAAGAUUUUCUGGAAGAUGUUGACAGUGGGGCGGAUACGUUCAGUGAUGGGGAUACGGCUGAUACCAAGACUGGCAGUAGCACCCAGCUGCGCCUUCGGAGCUUCCUCAAUGAGACCAUGGAGUGGAGCAACCUCGACGCAGCAGGUGGUAAAGAGGACGUAGCCCUGCAGGACUCAAAGUGCAGCCCGUUGGUGUCCCCAGAGCGAGGUGACCUCCUUCAGGGAUCCUCGCUGGAGCUGUCGCCCUCCAACAGCUCUGGAGGUACCUACAUGUGGGACGAGGAGGGUCUGGAGCCCCUUGGCGGCGCAGGGAUCCACCCCUGUGACAGCUACGACGACUCUGAACUCAACAGCUUGGCUAUUUUGAACCACCUGGAGCCCCUGUCCAUCGAAGACCUGGACGAUGAUGACCUGAUGCUGGAGCUAGACCUACCAGAAGAUGUUCUGCUGCACCAAGACUCUGACAGGAUGUCCACCGGUGGGGGUUCAGAGAGGGCUGGGCGCCAGGGCCGCUGGCGGCGGAAGCAGCAUCGCUGGAACGGACCUGACCACUUCCACAAUGACCACAGAGGGCCGGUGUUCCAGCACUACGAUGGCCCCAGGGCGCAAGGCUCCAUUAGGGGGCCACCCCAGCCCCAGCAGCCUGCUAGCCGGGAAGACGACCGCACGCUGGGGGCCAACCUCCCCGACGAGCUCACUCUCAAACACAUGGCCCAGGACUACAGCUCGCUCAAAAACCAGCUGCUCAAACUCCAGACCAUACUGCAGGUGGGACCUGCAUGCUCAGAGUGUGAGGAUGCGGACACUCUUCAAGCUGCAGUCGAGGAGGGCGAGGUGAACACUACAGCCUCACAGUUGGAGGAUCUGAUGCAGGAGGUGCAAGUUCUUCGAGAGGAGCUCAGCGGUCGUGACAAAACCAUAGCCCAGCUCACCCUGCGCUGUCAUCAGCUACAGCAACAGCAACAUCUACAGCAGCAACAGCAUCAUGUGCAGCAGCAACACAUGCAGCAAUUAGCGCCUGCGCAGGGGUUGCCGGGCAGGUGCCAUUGCCAACACCAGAGGACUCCGUCCAAUCUGAGACAGAUGGACAGACGACUCAAAGACAAGGCUACACAAACACACCUGAGAACACACAGCCAGGCUUCUCCAGUACCUCAGCCUUCCAGCCUCUGCCACAGCCAUCCCCUCCCCCUGGAAAGUCCAGCAAAACCUCCAACCGCGGCCCCCAGUGAGCCCCGGGAGCAGGAGGAGGAAGCGAGGAGCAUCAGAGGGAGGGAAACCGCCUCCGACUCCCCCCUGGCGGGCCAUCGAGCGACCCCCGACGAAGAUGAGCUGAGCCUCCUCUUCAGCACGCGCCUCCAUCUCCUCGACGACUCAUACUCCGGCACUCCGCGGGGGGGCGGCGUCGGAGGAGGAGGAGGAAGCCCCCCCCGUUCGGCAGCUCCAUCUGGCCCGGAGCAGAGGCCCCCCACCGAGACUCUGGCAGGCUCCGACACCCGGGGGCCCGUUUCAUCUCCCUUCUCCUCCCUCUGUUUCCCCUCCUCCGCCUGCCCCCGCAUGCUGCAGCCCCCCCGGCUCCACAAGCGCGUGUCGGUGCCGGCGCUGCCGCCGGGGCCCGCCGGCGGGUCGGCCACGCCUAAGCCGGCCGGUUCCCUGCGGCCUCCGGGGGGCCUCCGGGGGGCCAGGCAGCUCCCGCCCCCGACCAGGGGCCUGCCCUGUUUCGACGCCAGGCUCCCAUCUGAAGUGCAGAGCGCGGAGCCGGCCUCCCUGCCGAAGCCCCCGGCGACAGUGUGGCUUCUGAGGGGCCCGCGGUGCGACCAGGGCGCUCUGCAGCCCGAGCUGGCCCCGGGGCAGCUUAGGUACCCUGGGGCCGCAAAGUUGCUUCCUAAUUCCAGCCUCAAAUGCCUCCCCAGGCCGAAGGUGCACUACGGUGCUCACCAGACUUAACACACUCGAACGCUGUUUGCCCUCUUCUCAUCCCAAUUCAUUCAGCCCCAUCCAAACGUCCUCAGGGAGUGGUUCUGUGCACGACGCGGGUGAGGCACUCUGUGACAACUCGUGUAUAUAUAUAUUUAUAUAUAUUUGUGUUAUUGUGUGUUUCCUGGCAGUGUGGUAGUGGACUACUCUUGUAUUAUGAGCUCCCUGAAUGUGUGUGUGUCGAGGUGUCACUUAAAACAAUCCUCAUGUUACUUGGCUCCAUCUGUAUUAUUCCAACCCGUUAGGUAAAACCAACCGGCUCAUUUAACAAGGGAUCGAAGUGGUGGAAAAUGUCUGCUGUGAUUAUCUUUAAACUGACACACGGCAGGGAGGAUGCAAACCCCCCAGCAUGACCGCCAAAAGGGGUCAUAUUUAUUGCUUUUUUGCUUUAUUGCUUUCCACAAGUUUGUGUGUUUUGGUGUGGGUAUGUAUGUGUAUGUGUGUGGGUGGGUGUGUGGAUGUGUUCACCUUGGGGUCCAACCACAGUUCAAACCAUAGGUUAAGUCAACAAGCUCUCACAGGAUCAAGCGCCGUUGACCCGGAGCCCUCACAGCACAGGGUACAGACAGGGCCGCUCAGAACAGCCUUCAUAGUGCACAGCGGUGCGCUAUGCCCACGGGGGAAGGUGGAAACAAAAGCAGAACAUUAAGAGCCAUGGGAAAAUGAGGAGGGGGGCGGGGGACUCUGAAGUGCUGAGUCAUAAAAGCUCCCAGGACCUUUUUCAUACAAAUAGAACGUCUGUGUGUGUGUGUCUGUGUGUCUGUGUGUCUGCGGACAACAAAAACAUCCCCCCUGUGUUGGUGAGUGUGAGAGAGUUCCAGGGACAGGGAGGUGAGCGAGAGAGGCAGAGGAGCAGAUGUGGACGGUUCACACUUGUUUUAACCUCCACUCCCACGCCUCGGUUCGGCGGCAGGCUUCAGUCGCGGUCUCCGGGGCCACGGUGAACCUGUGCGACCGCUCGGCGGGCCGGCUCUGCAGGGGACGCGCCGGCGCUCUGAGUGGUGGAAUGCGUCUCAAGCGGGCGGGUUAUCGCGUUGUAAUCGGCCGGGUCACGGUUAUUUAUAUCAAUGCGAAGAGUAUUGGGUCUGGUGCAGCCAGUGCUUUUGUUUUCCCAUAUGGUGGUUAUGUACUAUUUGAAUGAGGGGGAGCUUCUGUGUAGAUGCAUUGCCAGCCAAUGUUUAAACAAGCAAAUAGCACAUUCUUCAACACCAAUUCUUUCACCAACAUACAUUCAUGGUGUUGGUGAGGCGCCAAGCACCGAGACACGUGUGCAUAUGUGUGCUCGUGUGUAUGUGUGGUGUGCUGUGCUGUGUUGUGGUUAGGGCUUAGCUGCCGCAUGAGAAAGUGGGAGAGCGAUCAAUCAGUGCACCAUUGAUCUGUCCAUCCCCUGUAGCCAAACUAGAUGGCCACAUCUAUCACUGGAAGAGGAGCCAAGAGUGUGUGUGCAAGUGUGUGCGUACGUGUUUGUGUGUGAGCGUGUGUCUCUGUGGCAGACAAGACUAAUAAAGUUGGUUUCCCCAUCCAGGGUCCACGUUGUCGGGGCCAGUAGCAAACAGCCAGCUGAGCUGUAGCGCAGGAAAACACCUACAACCAUUUCAGCACGGUUUCAUUUAUCACUGAGGAGGUUUGAUGGUAAAUAUUGAUAAAUAUACGGAUCAGGGGCCAAUUACUGUACUGUCAACAUAGUACAAAAUGUGAUUGCUACUCUUUUUGGUUGCAGUACAGCUAAUGAUAUCUGUAUCUGCCCUCCCGCUGAGUAAUUUAGGCUUCAUUGUGUGCAAAUUGUUCACAUCCUUAAUUAAAUAACUGCAGACAUGAUGGGAAGGCAGCGAUAUGUAUAGUCAAUUAGUUUAGCAUUUUCCCUCGCAGUCUCCGAACUCUUAUGUGUUCAUCAAUAUUUACUAUCUAAUUUCAUGCUAAUUAGGGCCUUGUUUACUGGCUACAAAAACACAAUAAACGGUUUGCCCACAAUGCUUUCCGAACGGACGGGGAAAGGAAAAAGCGUGCGCGGAAGUGGCGGCGGCGGCCGUGUGGACGAUGAGAGAUAAUGGGCGAGGGCAGGGAGGAGAAUCACGGAGGGAAGAGAAGGGCGGCGGCAAAGAAAUGGGCUUGUUUUGUCGCCCCGCCGCUGCUCGGUGAAUCUUUUUUGCAUCAUAUUUUGUUAAGAAAAACAAACUGAAAAAAGCGAUGUGAGAGCCAGAGGCAGGCCGAGCGAAUACAUAUUGGUUUGUUUGUGUGCGGCGCGGUCCAGCGAAUCCCCCCAACCUCUCAGCUGUGUCAUUCACUGCUUACUGAUGCCAAACAGGAAAUCAAUGUAGCCUGUUGUGUGUGCGUGUGUUGUCUCCAGACACAACUGGGCAGCAAGGCCUUUCUUCUAGGGGGCGUGUGUGAGCGUGUGUGUGAGUGUGUGUGUGUGUGUGUCUUUGCAUGAGGGGAAGUGUGUUAUUUGCCCACAGGCCAAAAGUGAAGCGAAGCAAAGCAAUGCCAGGUGAGGAAGGCAGUAGCGCUCUCAUUCCCCCUCUGCUGCUGUUUUCUAUCUCUGAAUCAAUGUGUGCCUGCGUUUAUACCGUCAAGCCAAUCAGUCUCUCUGCAGCCGUACCCAAAACAAGAAGCUGUCACCUGGAGACGGUACAAUCAAUCACAGUGCAGGAGUCUCCACACAUCUCCUUGUCAGAGACCUAAUAGCAGACUAACAGAAGACAAUAAUGUGUAAUUGCAAAAUGAGAAAUUAAACCGGAAAAGGCUUAAUUGUUUUUUGCUAGGAUGUAGUUUUCAUAUUUUCUUUAAAGAACAGCAUUUUCUUAAAUUAUAGUGUGUUUCUUUUCUUUGAUGCAACCCGGAGGUUUGAAUAAAGGUAG